CCGUGGCGGGCGGGUUUCCGAGAGCAGUGGAAGGAGGGGGCGGGGAGGGAAGCCGAGGCUGGGCGCUCCAGGCCGGCCGGAGGUGGCGGCGACGGCGGCGGUGGCGAGGCUGGGACUUGGGCUGAGGGCCUGCUGUAGCGGCAGCGGCAGACAGCGACCUCAGCAGCGGGGUUCUCUGGAAACCCCCCUGGGAAGUGCAGAGGAGGCGGGACACUCUGACCCAAGACAAAGACCUGUAGCUCCGGCCAAAGAAAAUAAACCUUAGGAAGGAGAAGGGGGAAAAAAAAGAGGGAAAGAAAGACUCCAUCAACUGUUGGGUGUGAGCAGCCGGCGGUGGAUCUCCAUAGAGGACAACUAAUGUGAAUCACUCCGAAAGUGACUUUGUAUGGACUGUGGUGAAGUAAGUUGAGAGGGCCCUGAGCGCCCAGACUGUGUUAGGAACCACUCAGCUUUGCGAGGUGAGGUGUGUCAAGAAGGGAAAAGUGAAUGUGGCUUUUGCUCCACGGGGUGUGCUUUCCUCUGGGGCCAUCAGAGAGUUCAGCCCCUGUGUUGUGCCAGGGUGGGGUACAGGGUUUCGCACCGAGGAGGGUGACCUGCUGGCUGAAGUGGCAGAGCAGUGGCCUUGAUUUGUCUUGUGGAAGAUUUAAAAACAAAAAAGCAUAAAUAUUCUGGUCCUUCAGCAAUGCUUUCUCUGAAGAAAUAUUUAACGGAAGGACUUCUCCAGUUCACCAUUCUGCUGAGUCUGAUUGGGGUUCGGGUGGACGUGGAUACUUACCUGACCUCACAACUCCCCCCUCUCCGGGAGAUCAUCCUGGGGCCCAGCUCUGCCUAUACCCAGACCCAGUUCCACAACCUGAGGAAUACCUUGGAUGGCUAUGGGAUCCACCCCAAGAGCAUAGAUCUGGACAAUUACUUCACUGCCCGGCGGCUCCUUAGUCAGGUGAGGGCCCUGGAUAGGUUCCAGGUGCCUAGCACUGAGGUAAAUGCCUGGCUGGUUCACCGGGACCCGGAGGGGUCUGUCUCUGGCAGCCAGCCCAACUCAGGCCUCGCCCUCGAGAGUUCCAGUGGCCUCCAAGAUGUGACAGGCCCAGACAACGGGGUGAGAGAAAGUGAAACGGAGCAGGGAUUCAGUGAAGAUCUGGAGGACUUGGGGGCUGUAGCCCCUCCUGUCAGUGGAGACUUAACCAAAGAGGAUAUAGAUCUGAUUGACAUCCUUUGGCGACAGGAUAUUGAUCUGGGGGCUGGGCGUGAGGUUUUUGACUACAGUCAUCGACAGAAGGAGCAGGAUGUGGAUAAGGAACUGCAAGAUGGAGGAGAACGAGAGGACACCUGGUCAGGCGAGGGCGCGGAAGCUUUGGCCGGAGACCUGCUAGUAGAUGGAGAGACUGGGGAGAGCUUCCCUGCACAGUUCCCAGCCGACGUUGCCAGCAUCACAGAAGCAGUGCCUAGUGAGAGUGAGUCCCCCGCCCUUCAGAACAGCCUUCUAUCUCCUCUUCUGACGGGGACAGAAUCACCAUUUGAUUUGGAACAGCAGUGGCAAGAUCUCAUGUCCAUCAUGGAAAUGCAGGCUAUGGAAGUUAAUACAUCAGCAAGUGAAAUUCUGUACAAUGCCCCUCCUGGAGACCCUCUUAGUACCAACUACAGCCUUGCACCCAACACUCCUAUCAAUCAGAAUGUCAGCCUGCAUCAGGCAUCUUUGGGGGGCUGCAGUCAGGACUUCUCCCUCUUCAGCCCCGAGGUGGAGAGCCUGCCUGUGGCCAGCAGCUCCACACUGCUUCCACUUGUCCCCAGCAACUCCACCAGUCUCAACUCCACCUUUGGCUCUACCAACCUAGCAGGGCUUUUCUUUCCAUCCCAGCUCAAUGGCACGGCCAAUGACACAUCAGGCCCAGAGCUGCCUGACCCCCUUGGGGGCCUGUUAGAUGAAGCUAUGCUGGAUGAAAUCAGCCUGAUGGACCUAGCCAUUGAGGAGGGCUUCAACCCGGUGCAGGCAUCCCAGCUUGAGGAGGAGUUUGACUCUGACUCAGGCCUCUCCUUGGACUCCAGCCAUAGCCCUUCCUCUCUGAGCAGCUCUGAAGGGAGUUCUUCUUCCUCUUCCUCCUCCUCUUCCUCUUCUGCUUCCUCCUCUGCCUCUUCUUCCUUCUCUGAGGAGGGUGCUGUUGGUUACAGCUCUGACUCUGAGACCCUAGAUCUAGAAGAGGCUGAGGGUGCAGUGGGCUACCAGCCGGAAUACUCCAAGUUCUGCCGCAUGAGCUAUCAGGAUCCUUCUCAGCUCUCUUGCCUUCCCUACUUAGAGCAUGUGGGCCACAAUCAUACAUACAAUAUGGCACCCAGUGCCCUUGACUCUGCUGAUCUACCACCACCUAGUACCCUCAAGAAAGGUAGCAAGGAAAAACAGGCUGACUUCCUGGACAAGCAGAUGAGCCGAGAUGAGCACAGGGCCCGAGCCAUGAAGAUCCCAUUCACCAAUGACAAAAUCAUCAACCUGCCUGUAGAGGAGUUCAAUGAGCUGCUGUCCAAAUACCAGCUGAGCGAGGCCCAGCUGAGCCUCAUCCGGGAUAUCCGGCGCCGGGGCAAAAACAAGAUGGCUGCACAGAACUGCCGCAAGCGCAAGUUGGACACCAUCCUGAACCUAGAACGUGAUGUGGAGGACUUGCAGCGAGAUAAGGCCCGAUUGCUCCGGGAAAAAGUAGAGUUCCUGCGGUCUCUGCGACAGAUGAAGCAGAAGGUCCAAAGCUUAUACCAGGAGGUGUUUGGGCGGCUGCGGGAUGAGAAUGGGAGGCCCUACUCACCCAGUCAGUAUGCCCUUCAGUAUGCUGGGGAUGGCAGUGUCCUCCUCAUUCCUCGCACGAUGGCUGACCAGCAGGCUCGUCGACAGGAGAGAAAGCCAAAGGACCGGAGGAAGUGAGCUUGGGGAGGCAGGGGGUGGACGCUCACUAAGACCGAAACUGGAGAAGGGCUGGGCCUGGACCUAACAUUGGGGACUUAAAUGCCUUCUUAUCCAAUAUAUCUUCUCAGAUGGGAUGACUGCGGGUCAGUGCACUGAAGAGGCGGGCGCAGGCGCUGUCUGGCUCAGCUGCCCCACUGGGAGUGGGCAGGGAUGACUAGACUAUUUGGGUGGUUGGGGUCCCCAGCCUAGUCCCUUUCUCUUGAGGGAAGGGUAGUGUUGGCAUGCUGGAGGUAGAGGAGUUGUGUGGAGUGAAGGCUGACAAAGGGAAAAAGAGAGAAAGUAGUGGAAAGUCUCAUGCCUGGAGGAGAGAAGGAAGGAAACCCCCUAAAAUGAAAGCAGUCAGAAGGACCAGAGCGACUGUUAGGGCUCUGGCCAGCUCUCUAGGCAGUGAGUGCAGGUGACUCUGGUGGCCUAGGGAGAGUUACUGGUAUGGAAACACAGACAUGGUAGGCCACGGAAGGCCUUUGUAACUGUUUCUUGAACUCCUGCAUCCCUGAAGGGAAAGAAGCUCUUGGAUGCACCUAGAAUAUUUCAGUUACUAAGAUGGGACACUGUAAGGAGGCCCAAGGAGGGCAGAGGGUAUAGGAAGUGAUAGAUAGCGAGGCCUGUGUUGCAGCAGCCCCAACAUCAAGCAUGUCAUUCACUGCCCUGCCACAGCCACCUCCCUCCCUAGCCAUCCCAGAGCUGAGGCUCCCACUGUCCUCAGAGAGCCUGCAUGGAAAUGCUGUCCUCUUCCACUCUCCUCCUUUUGUGGUACCCACCCUCACUAGCUGCCUCCAGCUCUGGAGUGGGGUGCUAUUCUGGCAGUAUCUGGAACUUGGCCUACAGCUUCCUCUGCAGGGUCUAAACAGGGAAGGCGAUGGUGUGGAGGAGAGGUCCCAGUGACAUCCAGGCACCAUUCAGCACAACAUUGGGAAGUGACUCUUCCCUCAGGCCCCUCUGCCUACUAACACCUGGGCUCCUCACUGGGGGAAAACAAACGCCUAUAAACCCCAGCAACAAAACCUAGUCCUCUUAGAAUUUCUUGCGCUUUGAUUUUUUUAGGGCGUGUGCCCUGUUACACUUAUAGGGCCUAGGAUGCUUGUAUUGAGUAAAAAGGAGAUGCCCCAAUAUUCAAAGCUGCUAAAUGUUCUCUUUGCCAUAAGACUCCGUGUUAACUGUGUAAACACUUGGGAUUUUUCUCCUCUGUCCCGAGGUCUGGUCUUGAUUUCUUUUUUGGGUUUCUUUCUAGGAAAAUGAGAAGUGCAUGCAAGGGGCAGGAGAUGACUCUCCCCUAGGCUUUCAGCUUUAGGCAGCUUCUUCACAACCCGUUUAGCCUGGACUCCUGGAGGACAGCCCUGGGGGAGGCAGUGAGAGGCAGCACCAAGAUAGCCAGAUGGUUCCAGGACCACAGUGAUUUUUGUUUUUGUUUUGUUUUUUAAACUGCCACUGCCGCCCUCCCCUCUCCCCCAAUCUUGGUCAGCUCUGGAGUACUACCUGCCCCAGACUAGCAGGGGUGAGUGGGGGAAGCACUGAUCCUCCUCCCUGUGCAGGGAGGAGGGGUUUCCUAACUGAGCAGUAGGGAUAGAAAGCGUGAGCCUGGGAGUGAUUUUUAUAAAUUAUUUUCCUUGUAGAUUUUAUUUUUAAUUUAUCUCUGUGACCUGCCAGGGAGAGGAGAGAAAGAGAAAUGCUGUGAGCACAUGACAAAAUAAAAUCAAAUAAAAUGGA